CAACAGGAGAGGGGAGGGGGGAAGGGGGGAGCCACAGCGGCUAUGGGAGAGGGCGACUCCCCCCCCCCAUCCCAGAGGCUGCUGCGGCCUGGUGGUGGUCUCUGAAAGUCCCCUUCCCGGGUGGGCCCGGCUUCCCCACCACCUGCACCAGGGAAAGGAAGGGAAGUUGUUGCUCCUGAUCAAGGGAGUGGCAUCAUCAACCCAACUUGGGGGGGCGGGGGGAGCAUCGAAAGCCCACCCCAGCCCCACAAAAAAUAGGGUGGUGGAACGGACAAGAGCAAGCAUAGAAUCCCAUGGGGCUGGAAGGGACCCUUGGAGGUCUUCUAGUCCAGCCCCCUGCCCCAAGAAAGUCCCAACCUCUUCUCCACGGGUUGUGGCGGGGAUGGGGGUGGGGGUGGGUGGAAUCUGUCAGGGAUCACCCCCGUUUUCUCCAUCCGGUGGGUGGCUGGGAUUGAAACAUGGCCAAAGAGACUGAGAUGGGGAGUUGGCAAUUGCAGGGGUUAACCCCACCCCCACCCACCCCCACCCUCCAAGCUGGAGAAACCUGGGCUGAGUUGGGGUGAGCUAGCCAGGGGUAUGGUGGGUUCAGGCUGGGUUGAUGAGGUUGGGCAGCUCAAUUGGCAGCUUUUCUCUAGGGUGAAGGGUUGAAAUGCCUCAUGACAGGGAUUGUGCAGCACGUUCUAUGGACCCAGCAAUGGAGGUUCUGUGGAGAUUCUCCAUUAUCCAGGUCAUGGUUGUCCCAAAGCUGCUUUUCAGACUUCCCAGUUGCCCAUUGAAAAAGCAUCUUUGUUGACAACUAUGACCUGGAUGAUGGAGAAUCAUCCGUAGACAUUGUCCCCAAAGCAGCUGGACUUCCUUGGUGUUUUGCUUGAAAAACUUUUCACUUCUCAUCCAAGAAGCUUCUUCAAAACUGGGAAGAAAAACAGAAGUGGGGGGGGAACCCCAUCUUUAGGAUGCAGCAACGGAGUCAACCAACAGAUAGAUCUGGAGCCUUGUGCAUUGUGUGGAGCCAAGUUUAGGAGUCUGUUGCAGCCUGCUGUGGCAAUCUAGGGCAUUAGGUUGAGUGAACCCAGGGUAAAGCUAAGGAUUGGGAGUCUUGGGAGGAGGGCAGAGCAGAUUAGCUCAUGUUAAAUUGCGUGUCUGCAAAAUGCUAACUCAUGGUUAGCUGAACCAGUGAGUUUUUUCUGAUUCACUUGCAUGGGAUCACCCAACAUACUGAACCACGUUCAUGUCUGGCAUGCUCAGGCAACCUUGUUUAGCACACCAUUCUUGCUCCACCCCCGCUCUCCAAAAACACCCAUGGUAAACCAGCACUGGUGUUAGUACUGAUAACAGUGUGCAGGCAGUUUUCAUCUGGGUACAUCCCAGUAAAAGACAUUUCUAGUCUUUGGGCAGAACAUUGUGAAUUUGGAACACUUCAGGCUCAGCACACUGGUUUCAAGUUAGAAAUGCUGUGUUUUGACUCUUCCAGGUAUGCUGAGUUUUAAAUAUUUCCAGAUUGAACUCAAAACAGACGUGUUUGGGGCUUUCAGUGAUUUUGGAAUGCUUGAGACAGUAGAGAGCAUUUCCACUAAGAUUGGAAAGCCUGUUUUGAGCUGAGAGUAGCCAUUUAAAACUGAAAACAGGGCAAUUUGUAGUCUAAAUUUUAUGUUGGUUUAUGAUAUAUUGGUUAAGGCACUGGGCUAGAAACAGGGAGAUCCUGAAUUUUAGUCUCACAUUAGGCACAAAGCCAGCUAGGUGAUUUUGGACCAAUCACUUUCUCUCAGCCUUAGGAAGACGGCAAUGGCAAACCACUUCUGAAAAACCUUGCUAAGAAACAGUAGGGACUUGUCGAGACAGUUUCUGAGGGCUCAUGCUGCGACAUAAGAAAUUAGGAAACUCUGAAUACAAAAUAAAAACCAAGAAGCAAAAAUGUAAUAGAAGAACCUAGUAUCCAGCAGUAUCACAGAAGGAGUAAACCUCCAAGCGCGGAAUAAUAAGAAAGAAGAUAAUGUCCUUGGCAGCCCUGCUGGAUGCUACAUGCUCUGAAACCAUUUGCUUGCCGUAUUAUGCCUGCAGACAAAGUAAUGUACAAUGAAGACGGAAAACACAACGUACAAAAACUGACUUUUGCCUAUAAGGUGACCGCUGAGACUUCAUGACCCUUCUUUAAAAGGAAGCAGAUUCUGCGAGGAUGUUACAUCACCAUUGCCGGAGGAACCCUGAGCUACAAGAAGAGUUGCAGAUUCAGGCAGCAGUGGCCGCUGGGGAUGUCCAUACGGUGCGCAAAAUGUUAGAGCAGGGCUACUCUCCCAACGGCCGAGACGCUAAUGGCUGGACCUUGCUUCAUUUUUCAGCAGCCAGAGGGAAGGAACGAUGCGUUCGUGUAUUUCUUGAACAUGGAGCGGAUCCUACAGUGAAAGACCUGAUUGGUGGCUUCACUGCUCUACAUUAUGCAGCUAUGCAUGGCCGAGCCCGGAUUGCACGCCUAAUGUUGGAAUCCGACUAUCGUGUCGAUAUUAUUAACGCGAAGAGCAACGACGGCUGGACUCCCUUGCAUGUGGCAGCUCAUUAUGGAAGGGACUCCUUUGUCCGACUCUUGCUGGAGUUCAAGGCUGAAGUCGAUCCACUGAGUGACAAAGGUACUACACCACUUCAGCUUGCCAUUAUCCGCGAACGGUCCAGCUGUGUCAAAAUCCUCCUAGAUCACAACGCCAACAUUGACAUUCAAAAUGGCUUUCUGUUACGCUAUGCCGUGAUUAAAAGCAAUCACACUUAUUGCCGGAUGUUCCUUCAGAGAGGGGCGGAUACGAACUUGGGGCGCCUUGAAGAUGGACAGACGCCGUUGCACUUGUCUGCUCUUAGGGAUGAUGUACUUUGCGCGCAGAUGUUGUACAAUUAUGGCGCGGAUACCAACACAAGGAACUAUGAAGGACAGACUCCAUUGGCGGUUUCAAUAAGUAUAUCUGGAAGUAGCCGGCCUUGUUUGGAUUUCUUACAGGAAGUAACAAGUGAGGCGCUGAGUGGUUUAAAAGACACCGGAGAAGGUCUGUGCUCUGGCAGGUCGAGUCCUACCCCUGCACGACGGAGUGAGCUCCUGUCACUUGACUCAGCUCCAGCCAACUUAGCAGUUCGAAAGCACAUUUUCUUCCUAUUUCUCCAGAAUUUACUGAUUUCAUAUUCAGCACCAUUCUGUAUUUUGUAUCAGGUUUGGUUUUUUGUUUUGUUUUUUUGCUGCACAUAUAAACCAAUUUUUAAAAAGUGGUUGAUUUCUGGUGUCUAAAUCUUACAUAUAUUCAGAUUCCUUAGUUUAAUGAAACAAGUACCUCUAGAUUAUAAAUUGAAUUUUAUAUUAUUGGAGGCAAUGACUGAUAUUAAGGUGAAUAUUAUGAAUAUAGCCAGUGUUAGGUGUGAAUCUGUACUCAUGCAAGAAGAUUUAAUUUCGCUCUUCUCUCCCUCCACCUUCUGUUGUAUAUGCCCUAGCUUUGCUAUUUCCAUCUUCUGGAGUAGAUACAAAGGUGAUCAUUUAGAGCAGGAAAAUCUGCUUCAUUGGUGGAUGCAUUCUGCAUAGAGACUAAUACCUUAAAAUAUAGUUCCAUACUAGAAUUAAUAGAAUAACAGAGUUGGAAGGGACCUUGGAGGUCUUCUAGUCCAAACCCCUGGUCAAGCAAGAGACCCUCUACCAUUCCAGACAAAUAGCUGCCCAGUCUCUUAAAAACCUCCAGUGAUGGAGCACCCACAGCUUCUGGAGGCAAGUCGUUCCACUCGUUUAUUGUUCUCACUUUCAAAAGUUUGUUCCAGUACAACACAGAACAUAUUUCAUACAUAAAUGUUAGUAAUAUUUUAUUAAUAUUCCUCUUUUUGAUGAGCUGGGGUCUUCCUGAAGUUUUUUUAGUUCUCUGUUGUAGAUUUUUAAUAUUUUGUGCUUAUGCAGCAUCUUCUAUAUUGUCAUGAUUCCCAUCUCCCAUCUUUUCUCUCUUUCUGUGCCCGAUAUCUACAUUGCUUAUUCUGCUGUAUCUAACAGAUUAAUGGUGUGUGCACUUCUGGCUGUUGUUUUUAAUAUAUUAGAACACAACACCAUACUUUUAUUUCCUUAAAUUCCUAAAGCUGGCACUAUUAAAAGCUCAUAUCACUCCUAUUCUAUUCAGCUGACUCCCUGAAUUUGAAUCUUGCUUGCUUAAUUUGUUUACCUUAUAAUUUUUUAAAUUUAUUUAUUUACAUUUAUAUCCCGCCCUUCUCCGAAGACUCAGGGCGGCUUACAGUGUGUAAGGCAAUAGUCUCAUUCUAUUUGUAUAUUUUACAAAGUCAACUUAUUGCCCCCCCCAACAAUCUGGGUCCUCAUUUUACCUACCUUAUAAAGGAU